AGACGUCCCCCAGGGGCCUCUCCACUGAGUCCCUUCUCCACGUGACGGAGUUCAUUAUCUCUGCAGCAUGUCGGUCAAUGUCAAAGUCACACUGCGUGAAAUCCUGAGUGAUCUGAGUGAGGAAAACUUCAGAGCUUUCAAAUGGUAUCUGGUGAAUGGAGUUGAUGACAAGACAAUAAGCUGUCGCUAUUUGGAAUUAGCCGACCGGGAAAAGACCAUCGACGAGAUACUGAGCCACUUCGGCAGUUCUGAUGCCCUCGAAAAAACCAGGGAGAUCCUGGAAGCCGUACCUAGGAGAGAUCUCGCCGACAAGCUCAGGAAGAAAGUGCCAGUAGCAAAACAAGCUCAGGAGAGAAAAAAGGAGACGCUAAAGGAGCCCACAGAGAAGACGCUAAAGAAGACCACAGCGGAGGAGCACAGGAAAGAAACAAUGACCAAUAGCAUUUCAAAUGUGAAGGGGGCUGUUGUCCGACAGGUCCUUACUGCCAGCUUCGAGACACUGAGAAAAGAUCAAUUUGAAAAGUUCAAAGAUGUUCUGUGCAAGACACCCAUGAAGGAGCUUGUGGCGGAAGGAGAUGCUUUCCUUGAUGCACCCAAUACAUUCCAGAGGGACGCCAGCCUAGAAAACCUUGUCGAGGAUUUGAUAGGCAAAUUCGGCCGGACUUACGCACUGAGGGCAACUGCGACGGUGCUGGAAAAAAUAGGGAGAAGGGACCUUGCUAAAGAACUCCAGGGAGAAUUACAAGCCCUGCAAGUGACCUCUCAUGGACUGAGAAGAAAACCAAAAGGUGGAGUAGAGAACCAGAAGCCAGACGAAGAUUCCUACUGCAUCCUUAUGUAAGAUUUUCCCUUCACUUCAUCCUGCCCCUGGCUUCCUUCGAAGGCAUCCUGGAGUUGGAGAGACACAGUGGCAAGUGCUGAUCUGAGCCCUCUAGCGAAUUAGAUAAAACGGUGAUUGCUUCCCACGGCUGCCUGUGAGCAAUUCAUACAGUCGUUACGGUUGCGCCUCCUUGCGUUGUGCCUGGC